AGACAAAAACACCACCCAAAUUAAAGAAAGAAAAAAUCUCGUUGUCUCCAAAUAAAAAAAAAUCUCGUUUUCUCCGUACAGCUCCCAUACGUCUCAACCCCUCAUGAUAAUCACUCCCCUGAAACCUUACAACCAUAUGCAUAAUUUGUGUAUGGAUACAUAGCCAUAAUUUAAUUUUGAAUACAACAUAAUUUAACAUUCAAAUUUGCAGGCUUGUCCAAAUCAUACACAUACAUGUUCGUAUAUGCAUCAAAAAUUCGUCACGUAUUGGUGGGAAGACGAAACUGUUCUGUCAAACACAUAUCUAUAGGGGAAGUGAUGGGAGCUGUAACGUCGUCUAUGGCGGCAAAGUUUGCGUUUUUUCCGCCAAAUCCACCGUCGUAUGGGGUGGUGGUGGAAGAAACGACGGGAAAACUUAAGAUGACAGAGGUUGUGCAAGGGGAAGACGUGGACAUAUUGAAGCUAGGGACGAAGAAGGGGACAGAGAUUAUUGCCAUGUACGUGAGGAAUCCAGGGGCGAAGGUGACGGUGCUGUACUCUCAUGGAAAUGCGGCUGAUUUGGGGCAGAUGUAUGAUUUGUUCACAGAACUCAGUCUUCAUCUCCGGGUCAAUUUGAUGGGGUAUGACUAUUCAGGAUAUGGACAGUCCACUGGCAAGCCAAGUGAACAGAACACUUACGCCGACAUAGAAGCUGCAUAUAAGUGUCUUGAAGAGACAUAUGGGGUGAAAGAGGAAGAUAUAAUAUUAUAUGGACAGUCUGUUGGCAGUGGACCAACAUUAGAUUUGGCAUCUCGCUUCUCAAGAUUGAGGGCUGUGGUUCUACAUAGCCCGAUACUCUCUGGAGUUCGCGUCUUGCAUCCAGUUAAGAAGACAUACUGGUUUGACAUAUUUAAGAACAUUGACAAGAUACCAUUGGUCGAAUGUCCAGUCCUCAUUAUUCAUGGCACAGCGGAUGAUGUUGUGGAUUUUUCCCAUGGUAAGCAGUUGUUUGAUCUAUGUAAGCAAAAGUAUGACCCGUUGUGGGUUGAAGGAGGUAACCAUUGUGACUUAGAGCUCUACCCCGAGUACAUAAAACAUCUGAAGAAGUUCAUAUCAGCUAUUGAGAAAUCGACGGUUUCUACCAAUGGAGAGAAAUCGACGGUUUCUACCAAUGGUGAGAAAUUGACGGUUUCUAACAAUGAAAAUGCACCAAGUAUGGACCCAAUAGAUAAAAACCUUGAAACGUCGAAAUAGCAGAGAUUGUAGACGCAGGCCAUGCAGAGACCAGAAGGAGAAAUUUGGACCUAGUACAGAACAGAGAGAAAAACUACAAACAAGCACACACCGGAGAGAUAUAUUGAGAGCCAGCAUGGGCAAGAAAGAAACGUUAAGCAAAAAUAUGGAUCUAGCAGAAAGGGCAGAUAACAAUUCAGAACUACCAAAAGAAAGCAAGAAACAUUUUUUAUCUGUCAUAUUAUAUUAGCCGGCUAAGAGUGUUUUUCAUCUUCUGUUUCCUUGUACUAAUUAGCAUGAUCUUGUAUAAAGUGUGAUAACUGCUUUAACAAAUGAUUGCUUCAUUGGUGUGUUAUCUUGCCAA